GAAGCCGGGACACCUAACUCCAGGCCAGACGAUCUACGCUGGAGCAAACAGCCCGUCAAUUAUUAACAGGGCAGUGCUCUCAUUCCUCCGUCGUAACCAUGGCCCCUAGCAGACUGAAACUCGGCCAGCAGCUCGGGACCUGCAGCCGCCGCAGCCUUGAGGAAAAGUUGACCAGGAGACAUUGCAGCACCAGCACUGGGAGCGAGUGGACCCGUUUGGCUUUAUAGAGCCUGCGCUCUAAGGAAAUCCUCGGUGCCGUUCUGGAUUGACGGACACAUCUGGAUUAUUUGUUGGAAAGAGUGGACGAGAGCUUUUAUCUAGUUUCUAACUAUUUUGUUGACUACUACACGUUUCUGGUGUCUUGGUGUAAGUGACCGGGUCCUUGUCUGACUGACACACAAGUGGAGACACUGAAAAAGAGGAGAGGACUGCAGAGCUGCUUUCAUCAUGAAACUGACACAGCGGCUCAAGCUGCUAAAAAACUUUGGCUCUGUACCCCCGGAGCCGCCGCCUCUGCUGGUGGUGCCUAAACCGGGCAUGGAUGAGUUAACGAUAUGGGAGCAGCACACGAUAACACUAAACAAAGACCCAAAGGUGGGCUUUGGUUUUGCUCUGUCCGGAGGGAAAGACAAGCCUCACCCGGACACCGGAGACACAGCUGUGGUGGUGUCGGAUGUUCUGCCAAUUGGGCCGGCAAUGGGACGGCUCUUCAACAAAGACCAGAUUGUCAUGGUCAAUGGAACGUCUAUGGAAAACGUUCACUCCAACUACACCAUUCAGGUCCUCAAGUCAUGUGGAAAGACGGCAAACAUAACGGUAAAACGGCCUCGGAAAAUCCAGAUCCCAGCCACCACCAGGCCAACGAGGGCAGCAUCACAGUCGAACCUGCUGGAUCCAGAUCCUCCCAGACGAACGCGCCGCUUCUCUGACGGCAGCGACAAUCGGGACGCGGGACGCUACGACCCCCGCGGUCGCAGCUCCUCACCUCAGCGUAACGGCUACGGCGAGCCGCUGGCACAGAUGUCCGGAUACAAGAGGCUGCCACCGAACCAAGCGCCAGAGAAACCCAUCAAAACCACGCUGAUUAAAAAGAAGAUCACAGAUGAGUAUGGCCUGAAGCUGGGAAGUCAGAUCUUUAUAAAGCACAUGACCGAGAGCGGCCUGGCUGCAAAGGAAGGCACGCUGCAGGAGGGAGACCUAAUUCUAAAGAUCAACGGCAUGACGACAGAGAAUCUUUCCCUUCUGGAGACGAAGCACCUGGUGGAGAAGAGCCGGGGCAAGCUGACCAUGACGGUUCUCAGGGACGACCGCAAGUUCCUGGUCACCAUCCCUGAGGUGGACGACAGCCCCGCCAACAGCGAGGACGAGCGUCGCAGAGGCGACAGCUCGGAGCUGGAAGAUAUUUCAGACAUUGAGGAGGACAUCGCCCCUCGCCGAACAGCACGCCAGCACACCCGAGAGAAACGGACACGCAGAACCAGAGCUGAGCCACCUCCACGAGCCAAGUCCAGGGAUCCAUCACCUGUACGCUCCACUCUGACCCGGCCUCCUCCCAGAAGCUACGCCCCUCGCAGAGCUCCAUCGGAGUCAGAAUCGGAUCACAGCACUUCUCCGCCUCCUCCCAUCAGGAGAGUCAGUCCAGAAAUGAAGGACUCCAGCAAAUACAAACCUCUUUCGGGAAUGUCCACCCUCCCAAACCCACGAUCCUCUCCUGUACACAACUGGACCUCCUCCUCACGACCACGCAAGCCAGUGUCGGAGUCCGACUCCGACCGCAGCGCGUCCCCACCUCCACGCAGAGAGAGCCCCCUGCCAGACACCACCAGAUACAAAUCUCUCUCUGAUCUUCCCCAUGCCAGUCUGAGAUCUUCCCCCAUCCCUGUUCGACAGGAGCCUUAUAGACGGGUGAACUCCCCUUUGAGGAUCCCACCCCCAGAUUCUGAUUCUGAAUCGGACAGCACCUCGGCGCCUCCCCAGAGGCACGGCCCCUCGUACAACCAGGACUCCCUCAGCAGAUACAGAGUCCUGCCGGAGGUUUCUCUACAGCCUCAGGUGGAGCCGCCACGAUGGAGCGAAACCAGCGACCUGCCGAAGAAAGCUGACUCGGACGCCGAAUCAGAAGCCAGUUAUGCAGCCGUCCCCCGCAACGACUCCUCGGAUAGCAGAGACUCGAACGCAGCCAAGAGCAGACGCAGAGUCCUGUCCAAGAAAGCAACUUCAGUCGCUUCAAAGAUGGAGCCUUCACGUCGAGUCAAGUCCCCCAUCAGGCCACCCCCUGAGUCCUCAGAGUCAGACGAGCUUUCACAUCUCAGGAGGUCCGGCAGCUCUGAGCGAGAGGAGAGCCACCGCAGUGUUCCUCGUGGUGCUAAUGGAGCCAGCACCGUCCGCUCUGGGAUUUCAGUGAAGAAUAACCCUCAGCUCUACUCCAAACCUGCAGAAGAGCCUCUCUAUUUCCUGCCUCCAGACUCCUACCCAUCAGCUAAUCCUGGGUAUAGCUCCGACGUAAACACAGUGAAAUUUGUGAAAGGCCGCAGUUUGGGCCUGAGGCUGGUGGGAGGCAAUGAUGUUGGGAUCUUUGUAGGAGGAGUUCAGCCAAACAGCCCAGCGUACGAUCAAGGAAUGAAGGAGGGAGACCAGAUUCUUAAGGUAAACGGUACCGAUUUUGGCCAUUUCACACGAGAGGACGCCGCCAACUUCCUCCUCAGGCUGCCAGCAGGGGAGCCGGUGGAAAUUGCCACUCAGAAAAAGAUGGACCUUUAUCAGAAGAUCACCAAGUCCAACCUGGGAGACAACUUCUACAUCCGCACACACUUUGACCACGAGGCAGACAAUCCCAGAGGUCUAAGCUUCACCAGAGGAGAAGUCUUCAGGGUCGUGGAUACAAUGUACAAAGGGAAGAUAGGCGACUGGCUUGCUGUUCGAAUGGGGAAUGACCUGCAUGAGCUGGAUAAAGGCACCAUCCCCAACCUGGAAAAGGCAGAGAGAGAGGCCACCGUCGAGCGAUCACAGCGGUCUACUGGAGAAAGGCAGGGCACUGGGCCGAGAGCAGAGUUCUGGAAAAUGCGAGGGCUGCGGGGAAACAAGAAGAACGAGAAGAACAUCAGACGGACCCGAGAGGACCUGCUGCAGCUGACGAUUCAGGGCAAAUUCCCGGCCUACGAGCGGGUCCUGCUCAGGGAAGCUAAUUUCAAACGGCCAAUUGUUAUCCUGGGACCUCUGAACGAUAUUGCCAUGGGGAAGCUGGCCAACGAGAUGCCUGAUGAAUAUGAGGUGGCAGAGAUGGUUCCUCGGAGCGGAGGAGGAGAUAAUGGCUCCACAGUUAUUAAACUGGACACUGUGAGGAGAAUAGCAGAGAGGGACAAGCACCCUCUGCUGGACAUCACUCCCACUGCAGUGGAGCGGCUGAACUACAUCCAGUACCACCCAAUGGUGUUGUUCUUAGACCCUCAUAGCCGCAAAGAUGUCAAGGCCAUGAGGCAGAGGUACAACCCCGACUCCAGCAAGAGCUCCAGACGCCUUUACUCCCAGGCCGUCAAGAUGAGGAAACACGCCAACCACCUGUUCUCGGCUCGGAUAGACUUGCAGCCUGGCACCCACAAAUGGUAUGACAAUCUGAAGGAGAGCAUCCGGCACCAGCAGUCCAAACCCGUCUGGGUGUCUGAAGUCACGCUGGAGAGUGGAGGGGAACCGGACUUGGAUGCUCUGGACCCGACCCAGAUGGACUACCUGAGUGCUGCCAGCGACCUGGAGGACACUGAUGCAGAGGGCAUCACGGACGGAGAGGCCUACACCGACAACGAGGACCUGGAGGAGGCCUAUCCUGGUCAGGAUGCUGUCAGGUUCCCACAAAGCUCCAGGGGACCAGGAGCUGCUUUAGCCCGAUCAUCCGAACCGGCCUACGGGCACGAGAGCCCGUUAGCUGAACCGGAGCGCAGUGAAGACGGGUAUUCGGACAGAGAAAUCCCACCGUUGAUGCAUGUGCCUGAGCCCAUGUCACAAUGGCAGGACUAUAGCUCCCCCCGGAGUCCUGCUGGGGAGGAAGAGCAGCAUCAUCGCAGUUUUUCAGACUCUGACUUCGAGGCAGAUGAACCCAACACUCCCUCGGAUGGACCGCCAGAUUUCAUAGCCCCCGAACCCUCAGGUCGACGCUCAGUGGACGAACCAUCAUAUGCUGAGGAACAGCCAGAGAGCUUACAACCGGCCCCUCUGGCCGCUAUUGAAGAGCGAUUACAGCAGACGCGUACAGCAGAACCACAAGCCCAGGCUGAGGAAAAGAAAGGCCCAGCGUACAUUGUGUUGGCCCAUCACCAACAAGCGGUGCAGAUGAGACGCACGCAGAUCCGAGGCAGCGACAGCUCCGACGACGACGAGUUUGACGAGGAGGAAGAGGCUGACGACAUUGAAUGGGGUCCUGCAACUGAACUCUAGAUGAGCCGAGGAUUAAAGCUGCUGACGGCUCGUCCAACACAGACACUGACUGUUUCACUCCUUUAAGCCGUAGCUGAUUUCCUAGAUUUUUAAAGUUUAUCUAACGAGGGCGAUGUUGUUCAAUGUAACGCAGUCAAUUCAAGAUUUACCACCACAAAAAAAAAAUGUUGCUCUGAAAACGUUUUAGAUCAAAGUGCCUGUUUUUUGUUUCCUUUUUUAUAUUUAUUAUGCUUUAAAAGAAAAUACUUCAAACGACCGAGCUUGUUAUUGCUGCUGUAAUAUCCAAGUUUUAGCUGUCUUAGAAACAUUACAUGAACCAUUUUCAAGCACAUACGACCAAUCAUGAAACUAGUUUUUAAACUUUUUCUACAAUAAACAGUUUUUUUCUAAUUUCA